AUGCAGUUCCUCAAUGAGAAUAUUAUUAUACCUGUCAGGAACAGAACCGGAUCCUUCAGACAGGUUUUAAGAUGUAUCGUGCUUUACCUGUGGAAUGUGUACUCUGCACCUGCACCUGUUGGCAGAGACGUCCUGACUCUACUGUCUCUCUGUGUCACACUCGCCCUCACCACUGGCGGCCUGCUUCAUCACUGGCUGUCAACGACUCUGAAAUACAGCCAUGAAGCGUCCCUUCAGACUGCCUCCGUCUACAGCGUGGCCAUUUUUCUGGUCUCGUUCCUGUGUCACCCUCUGCGCUGUGUGCUGACCAUGACUCUGCCGACAGUCUGCACCAAACAGGGACGCAAACUCCUCAUCACAGCCUCCGUCAUGAUCCUAGUUUUGAACGUCAUUCCUAAUAUUUCAGUCAACGUAGGGGCGGUCGCUCGCCUCCUGAAGUGCACCGCCGAGGGUUUCACGAAAACUUUAUUAAACUCAUCUGAACCUUUGAACAAAGCCAAGAGAGACCUUGUUGAGGAAACCAUCAAAGUGAAAAGGGAAGACUUGAGCAUUGUCACCAACUUGAGGAAGCUGGAUCACUUCACACAUGUUGAUGUGUCAGAAGUCAAAAGCAGGUUCACUAAGAUGAUUGCACAGAUGGAGGUCAACUUCUCACAUGCCAGGGGCCUGCUUAAAGAUUACAAACUGCUGUCAAACCGGAUCCUUGCUGCCAUUUUUGUUGCUUUCCUAAUUGUUGAAUCUGCUCGCUACUUAAAAUAUUAUCUGACAUCAGUUCAGUUUGAUAACAGGUACAUCUCCAACGAGCUUCGGCAAAAAGGGACUCAUGCUGCUAAAAAUAAAACGUAUCCCAGAAUCUGCAACAUAACAAGUCAGGAAUGUACCUCUUGUUUCAUAUCACUGGUUGUGGUGACAUUAUAUUUCAUUGCAAUAACUUUAUUAGUAGCUUUGGAUCAUGUUGUGUAUCAUAUAGUUCAGGCGAUUGUGCCAUGGUUACUGGACUUUCCAUCGACAUCUGCCAUCAUAAGUGUCAAUUACAAGGUUCAGUGGUUCCCCCCUGCCUUUUGCAUCAUCCCACAAUCCUGUGUCACACGGGAGCUCACAAACUUCCACCGGGAUUACAAGUGGACUUUCAACCCGGAGCCAUCGCUCUGUGAUGUGACAACUUCAGCUCCGAACCUGGGAGUCACACUCCUGCUGGGAUGUCUCUGGCUGAUGAGCUACUCGCUGGUGUUCCUCGAGGUUUACGCCAGACGGCUGCGCAGGAAAAUAGCUGCAUCCUUUUUCAAAGAGCAGGAGGAGAGGAGAAUACUUCAUUUGAUGAAGAAAGUGCAAGAGAAGCAGAGUAGAAAAGAGCAAAAAGAGACUGUUUAUGUUGAGGUUAGGUGAAUGGUUCCAGGACAAUGUCUGUCAAACGUUUCUAAAGAUGUUUUCAUCCAUGUUAGCUGCUUGG